AUGAAGCUCAACACUGGCACCGUCCUCCUUCACCUCUCCUCCCUCCUCCUCCAACCAAGCCUGACCAGCGCAGCCCCGGGUCAGAAGAGGAGAACUCUACAAAAGCGCGAGGCCCUUCCCGACUACGCCAUCACCUACGCCCCCUGGUCCUACCUCUACAGCGCCGAGGGGACCUUCCCCUCCGACAUCACCGUGCACCUGAACAACACCAUCCCCGAGGAGAACUACGUCGCCCUGGGCGCCGUCGGCUCUGUCACUGUCGACACGCUGGACAGCUACGCCAGCGACGUGUACCUGACCUCGGCCGACAACAUCGCCGAUGACCCGGCCUGGCUGCUGUCGGACUAUGGCAUCCCGGACGCGGUUGGGUAUAGUGCUGCCCCGGGCUUGAUCAUCGCGGCGGAGAAGAACGCCAGUACCACAGAUGUGUUUUAUUUUUAUUUUUAUAGUUAUAAUUAUGGCAGACCUGUCCUUGACAUUGAAUUCGAUCUUCACGUCGGUGACUGGGAACACGCCAUGAUCCGCUUCAUAGACAGCGAACCCUACGCAAUCUACCUCUCAGAACACUCAGCCGGGUCCGCCUACUACUGGGACGUGAUGGACUUCACCGGCGACCGGCCCAUCACCUACAUCGCCAACGGGAGCCACGCCAACUACGCCACUGCCGGCUCGCAAGACUACACCAUCGCCCUGGGUAUUGUGACGGAUGUUACAGAUGCUGGCUAUGCCUGGGACAUGACCCAAAACUACCGCGGCUACUGGUACGACACCACCACCAACACCUUCACCACCGCCAGCGGCAACUCCACCGGCGCAACCGAGGAAGCCGACGAGGACGCCUCCUGGCUGUCGUGGGAGGGCUACUGGGGCGACGAGCAGUACGCGGACGGCGAUGACGGGCAGUACUGCCUGUUUGGCGAGUGCCUGUACACGUCGGGCCCGACGGGACCUGUGACUAAGAAUCUGGGACGGACCACCAUGUGCGAGGAUGAUAGUGACUGUACCAUCUUUGAUAACAUCAAUGACUUGACAGUCCAGUCAAAAAAGGCGAGGAAGCAGUAG